GCGAGAGAGUCGGAGAUGACUCAGUCAGUCUGAGAAGAGGAGUGGCUACAGAGCCUUUUAUAGGAAGAUCUGCCGGUUAUUAAAUUGUAAAGUAGCAGAUUACAGCAGCUAUGGAGCUUCUUGUACUGGUCUCCCUCUGCCUUCUGACGUUUACUGGAAAAACAUUUGGUGAUAAUUCCGAUCAAACCCCGAUUACCAUCAAAGAAGACGAGAGUGUCAUCCUACCUUGUUUUUUUAACACAUCAUUCACAGAUUAUCGCUUUGACUGGAAAAACGAUGGCAAGGAUGUAUUUCUUUACGAAAAUGUCAAAGUUGACCCUUCAAUUCCAGAUGAGCAGUUCAGAGGUCGGGUCUCUCAUUUUCCAGAUGAAGUAAAGUCUGGAAAUGCCUCAAUAACUAUCACACAAGCAAAGGUAUCAGACAGUGGAAAUUACACCUGCUUGAAUAUAGAUAGUAAGAAGGAGAAAAAAAUUAAGCUUACUGUUGGUGCAUUUGCAAAACCAGUAGUCAGUGUUCCACAACAUAAUGGUGACUGGGCACUGCUGAGGUGUAAAGUUCUUAAUGCUUUUCCUAAACCCGCUGUAGUCUGGAAUGACAGUAAACAAAACAACGUUUCUGAUAGAGAACCAGAGGUCAGAGAAAAAGGUGGCCGCUAUAACAUCACCCUGGAGACCAACGUGACCAAGACAGACAACUAUACCUGUGUAGCCACACAAAAUGAACUUAAUCAUCAGUCUAAUGAUUCUACAUCUGUAAAUAUCAGAGGUAAGUUCAACCAAGUUCUGUUUUUAGUUUUUAAUUAUUGUUUGUUUUUCUAAAUCCUCUAUUAUCUU